CUAUUUAAAAGUCAAACAAAGCGAAAGUAUAUACUUUCAUUUUCUAUCUAAAAGUGUAAUUUGUAAACCAUGGCUACAGGUUUAGGAAAUUUAAGUGGAAAAGUGGCUCUAAUCACAGGCGCCAGUUCUGGUAUCGGGGCAGCGACUGCCGUGUUGCUGUCCAGGCUGGGGGCAAGUGUGGCACUGACGGGCAGAAAGGAGGAAAACCUGAAGAAAGUCGGAGAGCAGUGUCUAGAUAAACCUCUGUUGAUACCUGGUGAUCUGGUCAAAGAAGAAGAUACAAAGAGAGUGUUGGACACCACUAUAUCACACUUUGGAAAACUUAACAUUCUGGUGAACUGUGCAGGAAUUCUGGAGUUGGGCAGCAUAGAGAACACAUCUCUGGAGCAGUACGACAGAAUCUUUGACAUCAAUGUCAGGAGUAUAUACCAUAUGACCAUGCUGGCCGUGCCACACCUGAUGACUAAAGGAAACAUUGUCAAUGUGUCCAGUGUGAAUGGGAUCCGAUCA